UACACACCGAGAGACGCCGUCAUGGCAACGCCGCACCUUCCACUUCCGGGAAUGAAAGGGCGGAGACCCAUAAACCGGAAGUGGAGCCAAAGCGUCUUCCGGUCCUAGUCACGUUGCUUUUUUCCUGGUGUCACCGCGGGGAUGAAGCCGAUCCUGCUGCAGGGCCAUGAGCGGUCCAUCACGCAGAUUAAGUACAACCGCGAGGGCGACCUCCUCUUCACGGUGGCCAAGGACCCUAUUGUCAAUGUGUGGUACUCUGUGAAUGGGGAGAGGCUGGGCACCUACACGGGCCAUACAGGAGCUGUGUGGUGUGUAGACGCUGACUGGGACACCAAGCAUGUCCUCACCGGCUCAGCUGACAACAGCUGUCGUCUCUGGGACUGUGAAACAGGGAAGCAGCUGGCUCUACUCAAGACCAAUUCAGCUGUCCGGACCUGUGGCUUUGACUUUGGAGGCAAUAUCAUCAUGUUCUCCACGGACAAGCAGAUGGGCUACCAGUGCUUUGUGAGCUUCUUUGACCUGCGGGAUCCGAGCCAGAUUGACAGCAAUGAGCCCUACAUGAAGAUCCCUUGCAAUGACUCCAAGAUCACCAGUGCCGUUUGGGGACCCCUAGGGGAGUGCAUCAUUGCGGGCCAUGAGAGUGGAGAGCUCAACCAGUAUAGUGCCAAGUCUGGAGAGGUGUUGGUGAAUGUUAAGGAGCACUCCCGGCAGAUCAAUGACAUCCAGUUAUCCAGGGACAUGACCAUGUUUGUCACUGCAUCCAAAGACAACACAGCCAAGCUCUUUGACUCCACAACCCUUGAACAUCAGAAGACUUUCCGGACAGAACGUCCCGUCAACUCGGCUGCCCUCUCUCCUAACUAUGACCAUGUGGUGCUGGGCGGUGGUCAGGAAGCCAUGGAUGUAACCACCACCUCCACCAGGAUUGGCAAGUUCGAGGCCAGGUUCUUCCAUUUGGCAUUUGAAGAAGAGUUUGGAAGAGUCAAGGGUCACUUUGGACCUAUCAACAGUGUUGCCUUCCAUCCUGAUGGCAAGAGCUACAGCAGUGGUGGUGAAGAUGGUUAUGUCCGCAUCCACUACUUCGACCCACAGUACUUUGAAUUUGAGUUUGAAGCUUAAGAAGCUGCGUCUCCAUCCUGGCCAGGGAAAAGUUUCUGGUUUAGGGCUCACAGAAAGUUUUGGACUCUGAGAAAUAAUAAAUUAGUUUGGAAAUAAA